ACAAAACAAUGGGUUCAUCCUCUAAAGUAGCAAUCCCUGCAGUGAGAGGUGCAAUUCUGCUGUUGGCAGUUGUGAUCUUUCUUGGUAAUAUUAUGAUGUGGAUUAUUAUGCCAACCGAUACGUAUUACAACGACUGGUUGCUUCAUAUUCUCGCUGCCACAAAUUCGACUUUCUUCGGAAUACAAGGUCCAAUAAUGCUGGAUUUCACAUUCCCAAUUCUGUUCAUUGCUAUUCUUGGAUGUCUGUAUUUGCAUUUGGGAAAUAAAUUACAACCAAAUUUCACACCAAGGGACAAGAAAUUGAGGUUUGCGACGAAACCGAUGAUAGUUAAGGGGCUCGGAAUCGUUACUCUAACGGAGCUAGCUUUGCUCACUUUGUUCAUUGCUCUUUGCGUUUGGUACUUUGCCGAUUAUAUCCGCCAUUGGUUCAAACAAGCCCUUCAACGCUCAAUCGACAAAGACGAAAAACUGUGGCAAACGAAGUUGGAUAGAGUAGGAAUAGUGACGGGUGUAACGGGGAAUUUGUGCUUAACGUUCGUGUUUUAUCCGGUGACACGAAGUUCUUCGAUUCUGCCUAUGCUAGGAUUAACAUACGAAUCGAGUAUUAAAUACCAUGUUUGGAUUGGGAAUUUAGCAAUGUUACUCUUCACUGCUCAUGGUUUUCUUUACAUUCUUUACUGGAUUCUCACUGAUCAAUUAUCCCAGAUGCUACAAUGGGGAGACCACUAUGUAUCAAACAUAGCAGGAGAAAUAAGUUUGGUAUGUGGAUUGUGUUUAUGGAUUACAAGUUACCCUAAAUUAAGAAGAAAAUUGUUUGAGUUGUUUCUCUACACACACUAUCUCUACAUUCCCUUCAUCAUUUUCUUCGUAUUGCACAUCGGAAUCGGCUUCGCCACGAUUAUGCUCCCCGGUUUUUAUCUCUUUCUCAUCGAUCGCUAUUUGAGGUUCUUGCAAUCGAGGGACAAUGUUCGGUUGGUUUCCGCUCGUGUCCUACCGUGUCGUACCGUUGAGCUCAACUUCUCCAAAACUCCAAGUUUGAGUUACAAUCCGACGAGUACGAUUUUCGUAAAUGUGCCCACCAUUUCCAAGAUGCAGUGGCACCCUUUCACCGUCACGUCGAGUAGUAACUUGGAACCGCAAGUGCUAAGUGUCGUCAUCAAAUGUGAGGGCAAUUGGACAAAGAAGCUAUACGACGUAGUUUCAUCCCCUUCCCCUGCCGAUCGUCUCCAAGUCUCCGUCGAAGGACCGUACGGGCCGUCAACAACUCAUUUUCUCAGGAAUGACAUGUUGGUGUUGAUUAGUGGAGGGAGUGGGAUAACACCAUUCAUUUCCAUAAUAAGAGAGCUUAUCUUCAUCAAAUCCACCCUCAAAUGCAAGACUCCCAAAAUCUUGAUCAUACCAAUUUUCAAGAACUCAUCAAAUCUCUCCAUAUUAGACCUAAUCCUCCCAAACUCCACCACCCCUUCAAUUAACUUUCACAACCUAGACCUACAAAUUGAGGCCUAUAUCACUCGAGAAAAAGGGCACCCGGAAGACAACCCGCAAACCCCACGAACCGUAUGGUUCAAGCCCGAUUCAUCCGACAAGCCCGUUUCACCCACGCUAGGCCCGAAUAGUUGGUUAUGGCUUGCUGCGAUAAUCUCAUCGUCUUUCGUCAUUUUCCUAAUUUUGCUCGGGAUUUUCAAUCAGUAUGUGGUUUACCCUAUUGAUCGAAACACGAAUAAGUUGUACUCGUUCACCAAGAAAGGAUCGAUGAACAUGCUACUCGUGUGCUUCUCGAUAGUGGUGACGGCUAGUGGGGCGUUCAUAUGGAACAAGAAACAGAAUGCAAAGGAGGCGAAAAGAAUUCAAGACACAGAGGAAUCGGCGACGAGUAGGUCGUCGUCAGAUUCGUCGUACGGUCAAGAAGAUAUCGAAAUGGAGAGCGUUUCAUUACAGUCGACCGGCAAAUCCAUCAAUGUGCAUUAUGCUCAAAGGCCUGACCUCAAGAGGAUAUUGUUGGAAGUGAAAGAGUCAAAUGUUGGAGUGCUUGCUAGUGGGCCCAAGAAGAUGAGGGAAGAUGUUGCAGAGAUAUGCUCAUCUGUACACGCAGAAAAUCUCCAUUUUGAAUCCAUCAGCUUCACUUGGUGAAUGUUGUUUAAAUUAUGCAUGGUCUGAAGCUAUUAUUAUUAUUAUUAUAAAUAUUAUUAUUAUAAUAAUGAUAUGUAAUGUAUUUGAACCUGUUGUGUAUUUGAAAUUAAUGGAUAUUUGUGUAAAAUAGAUUAAGAUGAUGCUAUAAAGUAAUGUUAGUUUUGUUUCUACUUUCAAGAGAUAUGUAGUAAAAUUACUGAUUGAAGUUUUUUUUCUUUUCUCUUGUAUUUGUUAUUUAUGAUCAAAAUCACGUUUAAAAUAGAAACGGUAUUAUUAAAACUGAAACGACAUUUAAUUUCCUAGUCUCCUAGAGGGUAAAACCCAGCAAUGUUCUCAACCAUAUCAAUCAUCUUUCUGUGAAUAAUUCUUAAAGUUUCUUACAAUUUAUUAAAAAGAAACAAUUUUGAAGUAAAUUAUGUGCUCCGGUAUCGGGCUACAUAUAACUUAGUGUAUCAUAAAGUCAUCGAUAUUAAAUAUGGACCUUCAUACGAAUAGCCAUCCACCCCUCUUCCUCUAUUUAUCUACCUAUCUAUCCCGGACUCUCCGGAAAUGGAAAAGAAGAUAAUACUUACUCCCGAAAACAAAAGGAAAAAAACGAGAA